AGGCCAGGGCAGCCCCGCCCCAGGGGCAGGCGCUGUUGGACCUUGCAUAAAGGCAGGGUGUCGGGCAGAGCCGGACAGCCAGGAAGAAGGGCAAAACUUGGUGAGGCCUCAGGCCUGGUGGAAGUCUCCAUGCCCUGAGACCAUGCCUGAGCUCGCUGUCACCCAGAUCCCAGCCCUCCUGCAUCUGAGGAUGGACUCAUUUGAAGACAAGCUGCGGCAGCUGCGGGAGGCCUUCAACUCGGGGCAGACUCGGCCGGCUGAGUUCCGGGCUGCACAGCUGCGGGGCCUGGGCCACUUCCUGCGUGACAACAAACAGCAGCUGCAGGAGGCACUGGCUCAGGACCUCCGCAAGUCAGUCUUUGAGUCGGAGGUGUCUGAGAUUGCCAUCAGCCAGGCUGAGGUGGACCUAGCUCUCAGGAACCUGCGUUCUUGGAUGAAGGACGAGAAAGUGUCCAAGAACCUGGCCACACAGCUGGACUCAGCCUUCAUCCGGAAGGAGCCCUUCGGCCUGGUGCUCAUCAUUGUGCCCUGGAAUUACCCCUUGAACCUGACACUCGUGCCACUGGUGGGGGCCAUUGCUGCAGGCAAUUGUGUGGUACUCAAGCCCUCAGAGACCAGCAAGGCCAUUGAGAAGAUCCUGGCUGAGGUCCUGCCCCGCUAUCUGGACCAGAGCUGCUUUGCUGUGGUGCUGGGUGGGCCCCAGGAAAGCGCCAAGCUGCUGGAACACAGGUUCGACUACAUCUUCUUCACAGGGAACGCUUAUGUAGGCAAGAUUGUCAUGGCCGCUGCUGCCAAACACCUGACGCCCAUCACCCUGGAGCUGGGGGGUAAGAACCCCUGCUAUGUGGAUGACAGCUGCGACCCCCAGACCGUGGCCAACCGGGUGGCCUGGUUCCGCUACUUCAACGCUGGCCAGACCUGUGUGGCCCCCGACUACAUCCUGUGCAGCCAGGAGAUGCAGGAGAGGCUGGUGCCUGCCCUGCAGAAUGCCAUCACGCGUUUCUAUGGAGACAACCCACAGACCUCCCCCAACCUGGGCAGAAUCAUCAACCAGAAACACUUCAAGCGUCUCCAGGGACUGCUGGGCUGUGGCCGCAUGGCCAUCGGUGGCCAGAGUGAUGAGAGUGAUCUGUACAUUGCCCCCACAGUGUUAGCGGAUGUGCGGGAGACCGAGGCUGUGAUGCAGGAGGAGAUCUUCGGGCCCAUCCUGCCCCUGGUGACUGUGAGGAGCCUGGAUGAGGCCGUUGAGUUCAUCAACCGGCGGGAGAAGCCUCUUGCGCUGUAUGCCUUCUCUAAGAGAAGCCAGGUGGUCAAACAGGUGCUGGCCCGGACCAGCAGCGGUGGCUUCUGCGGGAAUGAUGGCUUCAUGCACAUGACCCUGUCCAGCCUUCCUUUCGGAGGAGUGGGCUCCAGCGGCAUGGGUAGAUACCAUGGCAAGUUCUCCUUUGACACCUUCUCCAACCAGCGUGCCUGUCUGCUGCGCAGCCCAGGGAUGGAGAAAAUCAAUGACUUCCGCUACCCACCCUACUCCAGGCGCAACCUCAGGGUGCUACUGGUGGCCAUGGAGGAGAGAAGCUGCAGCUGUACACUGCUCUGAGCGGGGCUGCCAGCCACAGCCCUCCCUGGAACACAGCUGCUGGGGAAGAGGCCUGUCAGGGCCCAGGCCACAGAGCAGUUUGCUCAGCCCUUGUCCGUGCAGCCCUCUUCCUUCUGGGGCUUCCCUUUUUGGACCUUUGACUGUUCUGAAUGGGAUAGGCUGAGGGCAGGAAUGUGGGAAGGGGUGUCCGUCCCUUCCAGUGCUAGCCUUGGAAUCUGGGAGAAAAUGUCAUGUCCGAACUACCCACCUUCUUGCAGCUAGUGCCGCGGGGAAGCAGUGAUGGCUGGCACAGGCCACAUUCCCUGACCCCCAUGUCUGAGUCCUGUGAGCUUCGGUUUUCUAUCUGCACAGUGAAGAUGAAUUAACAGCCUGUGGUCGCAGGGAGUAUUAAACUCUUGAGGGCUGACCCCAAA